AGGUGGGAAAAGAAAAAUAAAGAGGAAACUUAUUAGAUAAGAAUAAUGUCGAAAAGGCAGAUUCAUUGACUGGUAGCUCAGAGAGAGAAAACAGGGAGAGUUAGUGAGAGAAAGCAAAGCGAAGAACACGAAACCCUAGAAGGAAAAAGAAGUGGGCAGGCAAGAAGAAAAUUGGGGAAGAAGCCAAAACCCAUCAGCCAGAAAGUUCCUUUGGGAAUUUCCCGAAAUAAUUCUUUUCCCACUAAGUUGCUCUCAUCGGAGAUUUUCCUCCCUUUUCACCCCCUUCUCCCAGCCCCCUGUUCUAUCUUUGCUCCCAACCCAUAAUCCCUUUUCUUUGUUGUUUAUUAUUAGUAAAGCUUCCAUCUUUCCCCCUUUUCCCAGUUUCCCCCAACUUGCCUCUUCAAUCUAUACUUAUCGCCAUGCCGGUCGAUUUGGAUAACUCCUCCACCGCUUCAGGGGAAGUCAGCGGCUCUUCCUCCGGCGGAAACAACCCCUCUCAACCGCAGCAGUCCACCGCCGCCACCCCCAAGAAGAAGCGGAACCUCCCCGGGAUGCCAGAUCCAGAUGCUGAAGUGAUUGCUCUGUCACCGAAGACUCUAAUGGCGACGAACCGAUUCGUGUGCGAAAUCUGCAACAAAGGGUUUCAGAGGGACCAAAACCUGCAGCUCCACCGGCGAGGCCAUAAUCUGCCGUGGAAGCUGAGGCAGAGAUCGGGGAACGAAGUGAAGAAGAGAGUCUACGUUUGCCCCGAAGCGAGCUGCGUCCACCACGAUCCGUCGCGGGCGCUGGGCGAUCUCACCGGGAUUAAGAAACAUUUCUGCAGGAAGCACGGCGAGAAGAAGUGGAAGUGCGAUAAGUGUUCAAAGAAGUACGCCGUUCAGUCCGAUUGGAAGGCUCACUCCAAGAUUUGCGGCACCCGGGAGUACAAAUGCGAUUGCGGGACUCUGUUUUCCAGGAGGGAUAGCUUCAUUACCCACCGAGCAUUUUGCGACGCUUUGGCAGAGGAAAGUGCCAGAGCUCAUCCCCAUAACCCAACUCCACCUCCGCCUUCGAAUCGGAGCCCGGGAGCCGACCCGCAUGUUGAUUCAGCUCCGGCAACGGCGCCGCCUUCUGCUCCAUCAUCUUCGGUGUCUCCGGUUCACAGUCCAGAGUUGCCAAGAACUCAAGAUCCCUCGCCAACGCCAAUCAUGGAACAACCAGUAGCUCCGGCUGCAACCGUGAAUGCAAGCUGCAGCAGCAGCAGCACCAGCUCGAGCAGCAAUGGCAGCACUACUAGCACUGUCUUCGCGAGUCUGUUCGCAUCCUCGACAACUGCAUCAGAAACCCUCCAUCCACCUCCGCCGCAGCAGGAGACUCACUCGUUCUCCGACUUGAUUCGAGCAAUGGCGUCGCACCCUGAUCACAGUCACGCCACAGUCGAGCUCGCUCCACCACCAAUCGAACCUAUCUCACUCUGUCUCUCCACAAGCAAUGGCUCGUCGAUAUUCGGGCAGGAGAGGAGACACUAUGCUCCACCACCACCACCGCCGCAACCACCUUCCAUGUCAGCCACCGCAUUGCUUCAGAAAGCCGCCCAAAUGGGAUCUUCUGCUACCAAUGCAUCGUUGCUCCGCGGAUUAGGGAUAGUCUCGUCCUCUUCGUUGUCGUCUUCUUCAGCACAGCUUGAUGGUUGGGGUCAGAGACACAUGGAGGCAGAGAAUUCUUCUGAUAUUCAUCAUCAUCAUCAUCAUCCAGGGCUUGGACUUGGAUUGCUGCCUUGUGAUGGAGGGUCGGGGUUGAAGGAGUUGAUGAUGGGAAGUACUUCUUCUUCUGUGUUUGGUCCUAAACAUGCCACACUCGACUUCCUCGGGCUAGGAAUGGCUGCCGUAGGAGCUGGCCCGAGCAGCGGGGGGCUCUCGGCUCUGAUUACAUCGAUAGGCGGGGGGCUUGAUGUAGCUGCUUCUUUUGGUGCUGGAGAAUUUGGUGGCAAAGACAUUGGUAGUAGCUCGUGAGAUUAGUAGACCUAGUUUUUUUUUUUUUUUUUUGUUGUGUUUAGAGAUUAGAGGAACUCUCUUAAGAUGCAUAUUGUACAGCACUACUAUAUGAUGUAUAUGGGUAUUAGGGCCAAGCAGAAUCCGAACAUGGAAUCAAAAUGCUUUGUUUUGGUAUGAAAAUUUGUUCUCAUUGAAGACCAACAGCUUGAUUGUUCUUUUCCAAUGUGCAUUUGUGCUGCCGUUAUUGUUCUAAGAAGUGUUGUUAAGGUUUGUGCCUUGACAGAUGCGUAUACAAUUAAAUGUAAUCAGUGUGUCAUGAUUUCAUCUAAGAUGGGUUUGGUAUUUUGAAGAUAAAUACAUUAAAUUAACCU